AUGUACGCCCCCACCCUCGCCCAGAUCGAACACCGGGUCCUGGCCCUCCUAACCGCCCUUGCCUCGUCUGCACCUCCCACUCAGCAGCUCUCGACCGGGCGCGUCCGCACGCUCGGCUCGGCGCCAGCCCUCUUUGUCCGGGUCUGGCUCGUCCUCGCCCACGCCUACACCGCAGGCCUUGUCCCGGCCAGCUGGCUCACGCUCCGCGGCGUGUACUACGCGCAGCGCUCGCUCGCCCCGCACUACUUUGCCUCGCAGUCUGUCUCCAAUGCGGCCGUCGACGCUGCUGCUGCAUGGCUGGCCAAGCCGACGCACAUGCUCCACAUCCUGCCAGCCGCCCGCGGUCUCGUCGUCGGCCCGCUUGUCCUCGACACCGACUGGACCUCGCCCGCGCCGUCACGGCUAGCGGUCUCGUCGUCGGCCAUCGCCGCUGUUCCGCCAGCGCUCGGCCUUGCGCCCAUCUUUACUGCCGGGCCUACUGCCGGGCCUGCCACCCGCCUCCUGGUGGUAGAGAAGGAGGCGGUCUUCCAUCGCCUCGCGUCGGCGCUCCCGGCCCAUGUCGCUGCCGCCCCCGGCCUCGCCCUCUGCACCGGCAAGGGCUUUCCCGACCGCGCCACUGCACGGCUUGUCGCCGCGCUGGCCUGCCGCGGCGUCCGUGUCGCGCUCUGGACCGACAACGACCCGCACGGCAUCCACAUCGGGAUCACCUACGCCGCCGCCAUCGCCGCCGCCGGCGGCGCACCCGCGCUCGCCCACGUCUCGCUCGUCAUGACCGGCCUCCUCGGCCCUCCGCCCGCCAAUCCGGCCUCGCUCUCCAACGCUGACUUGAUUCGCGUUGUCACCGCCACCCGUGUCCUUCGUCGCCUCACCAGCGUCCUCGAUCGCUCGCCCGCUCGUCCGCCGCCUGUCCUUGUCGACUUUGCCUCGGCGCUCUUUGCACUCGUCACGGGCGGCGUCAACCUCGGCGCCUGA